CACGCUGACGUCGUCAACUCUUUCUCCUACCUCGCCACCACCCUCUCUCUCGAGCUCUCCAAUGGCGCCUCCACCUCCACGAACACCUCUCCUCGUCGCCGCCGUCCUCCUCCUCCUCCUCCCGCAGGCGACGCCGAUCGCCACGGCGAGCCCGGUGGCCUUCUCUUUCCCGUCCUUCUCCCUCCGCAACCUCACCCUCCUCGGCGGGGCCUCCCUCCGCGCCAUCUCCGUCUCCCUCCCGCCGCCCUCCUCCCGGGCCCUCUUCCCGCUCCCUCUCCCCUUCCCCCGCAACGCCUCCUUCUCCACCUCCUUCGUCUUCGCCUCCCCCGCCGCCGCGCGCCCCGCCUCGAGCCUCUCCUUCCUCCUCCUCCCCGACCUGCUCGCCGAGGGCCUCGCCGCCAAGAACCGCUCGCUCCCGCUCGAGCUCACCUUCGACGCGUCCAGGAACCUCGUCUCGGCCUCCUCCGCCGGCGUUGACGUCGACGGGAACUCCACCGCCGCGGUGGACCUGCGGAACGGCAACGAGGUUGGUUCUUGGGUCGUCUACGACGCGUCCCUGGCGCGCCUGGAGGUGUUCGUCAGCCACGCGAGUCUGCGGCCGCCCACGCCCGCGUUGGCCGCCGACGCCGACAGCAUCGCCGCCCGCUUCGCCGAGUUCAUGUUCGUCGGCUUUGAGGUCACGUCUUCGUCAGGAAACGGGAGCAGCGAUGGUGGCUUCCUCAUCCAGAGCUGGACCUUCCAGACGUCCGGGAUGCCGGCCGUCGACCCGGCGUCUCGGUCAUCGCACAACGUGUCCGACAGCGUCGACAGCGCUCCGGCGUUGGACGGCCUCGCCGGCCACAAGGAUGGGCGUCGCAGAAGGUUGGCACUGGGGCUUGGCAUCCCCUUGCCCAUUGUGUUUCUUGGUGCAGUCACGGUGUUUGUGGUAAUGUCGCUGAAGAAGUGGGGGUCAGGGUUUAAGAAGGGUUUGGGUGCAAAGGCCGCAGUGGGUAAGCCAAGGCAGUAUACCUAUCAACAUCUCUUCUCAGCGACAAAGGGGUUUGAUCCUUCUCUGGUGGUUGGCAGUGGUGGUUUCGGUACUGUGUACAAGGCAGUCUGCCCGUGUUCCGGGGUCACAUAUGCGGUCAAGCGGUCGAAGCAAUCCAGGGACAGCUACAAUGAGUUCAAUGCUGAGCUUACCAUAAUUGCUGACCUGAAGCACCCCAAUCUGGUUCAUCUCCAAGGGUGGUGUGCUGAGAAGGACGAACUGCUGCUUGUGUAUGAGUUCAUGUCAAAUGGUAGCCUGGAUAUGGCUCUCCAUCCUUGUUCUGAGGCUGAAUGUCAUGUCCCUCUCAGCUGGGCUCAGCGGUAUAAUGUGGCUGUCGGCAUUGCCUGCGCAGUUGCAUACCUACAUGAAGAACAUGACAAGCAGGUGAUCCACAGGGACAUCAAGUGCAGCAACAUACUUCUUGACUCACAUUUCAACCCAAGGUUGGGGGAUUUCGGGCUUGCAAGGUUGAAAGAUCCUAACACAAGCCCUCGGUCGACCUUGGCAGCGGGGACUGUCGGUUACCUUGCACCUGAGUACCUCCAGAUGGGGAAAGCCACAGAAAAGAGUGAUGUCUACAGCUAUGGGGUUGUACUGCUAGAGAUCUGCACAGGGAGACGGCCAAUUGAGAGUGCAGCACCUGACAGUAUGAACAUGGUGAAUGUUGUUGAUUGGGUUUGGAAUUUGCACUCGAAAGGCAAGGUUUUGGAUGCUGUGGAUCCAACGCUGAAUGGGGAAUAUGAUGCAGGGCAAAUGAUGAGGUUUCUCCUUGUCGGUUUGAGCUGUGUGAACCCAUUUUCAGAAGAGAGGCCUGUCAUGAGGACCGUUCUGGAUAUGCUGGAGGGCAAUAGUGGGCUGCUGUCUGUUCCAAGAAAGAAGCCACUGCUGGUAUUUGUUCCAAAUGCCCCUAUUGAUCUUGAGGGAAUAGUCUCGGAGUGCAACCAGAGUACAGUUUCAAGUGGUCUCUAUGAAUUAAAAAUUGAUCUAAACUAGGUAGCUGCUGAGAAGACUACUCAUGGUGACAAUCUGAAGUUUUGUCUAUAGUUUGUGGAGUUUGUAGAAGCUGACACUGUCAAUAUGCAAAUCAUACCCUGAAAGCAAAUAUGGUUAAAAAGACGAUGAGUUUCUGGCAAGUGUUGUAGAGGCUAACACUCCGAAGGUCAUGCCUGAAUUCAAUCAAUGGAGACUAUUUUGAGUAUUAUCGUACGUUUCGUAACACUGAGCAGAAUUUUCACCAUCAUGCUUUUAAGACUGGUCACCGACAUAUGAGUUUCUCCAUGAGAAGUCAAGAAGAGUUGGUAACUUGGUAUAUGGUAUUAUUAUCUGGGAAUUCACACGAUUGAUGAGAUAGAAUUUACCAUGUUGGCAGAUGUUAUGUAUUCCCUGCAUAAUUGUCUAGAUAUGCUAUGUUUCAUUGUCUGUUUAGUACAAUAUCAACGAAUAGUCCCAUCUGAAAAAUCCUCCCAGAGAACAGAAUGAUUAGAGAUUCCUUUGCUAGCUUAGAAAAUUGGCACAUGUCAUUAGUAUGAAAGAACUUACGAUUGCUAAAAAUUUAUGGCAACUUAGCAUAAAAUUGUCAUUUUAGUCAACCUUGGACUGAUAGAACAGAGACUGUCAUGUAUAGCUUUGGAGCACUAUGAUUUGAGUAGAAAUGAGUGGCUGUCGUCAGUCAUUUGUGUUGUUUCUUGGCUAUACAUGUACCUGAGCGAUGCGGUUGGUGUUAUGAUCUGGACUAUCUAUGUGAACUAGAAUGAGUGGAUGUAGUCGGUCAUUUGUGUUGUUUAUGGCUGAAAGUGUACCUGAAUUCGUGUUAUAAUAAUAAUAAUAAUAAUCAGAUGAUAAUUUUUAUUUAA